AUGGGCAAGGGCAACAUGAGAACGAGUCGGCGGCGAUCGGGUCGACAAGAGCAGCAGGCAUCAGCAGCAGCAAGACGAGGGGGUGGCAAGCGUGAGCAUGGCUUGGGGCAGAGCUGGUCAACACGGUUGUUGAUUGUUUUGUUCCUGGCGGUGUGCUUGAUCGCCACGCGGCAGAUUGCCGACCUGCACGCCGGUGCAGUGUCCCAUGGCACCAGCUUUAUUGACUUUUACCGAGAGCUGAAGCGACACAAUGCUUCCUUGGACGAGCAUCCUGGCAUGGCUGCCUACAAGUCUGUUGUCCAAUGCCACGUCCAGUCGUCCACUCACACCAGCACGGAACAGCUCAUCACCGCCACCUGA